AUGGAUGUUGAAAAAGACUUGCUGAUAGUUGACGAGGUCGGCGUCUCUAGUCAACAAGCAGGGCGCGAACAAACUUCCGCCCGGCCCGUGUUUUCAGACCCUGAGAGGGUCUAUUGUAGAGUGGCGGAUCCCGGCCAGGAAAGACUCCGCCGAAGCGAAGGCUCGAGUGGAUAUUCGUAUGCGGACGCGGUUCGGGACCGCGUGGUGCGGAAUUCGAAUGUCGCCCGGCGAAACAUUCAAACAUUACAGGUUUUAGGUGCAGCAGGAGCCAAGGAUAUUUUAGGUUUUAGGUGCCAGGGUGAUCCAAAGUUGCAGGAGUUCGGACUGAAUGAGCUGCGAUUAGCGUCCAGUAGAUCACGGCGAAAUAAAAUUUUAGGUAACUGCAACAGGUGCAGAGCGACCGAGCGAGAGAGAGACACAGUUAAACAAAAGUCGACGAGUGACAGUCGGGAACCGCUUCAUUCAACUGGUGUGAAGUCUCAGGUUCAUCAACCGCGUAUAGGUGCCGAGCGUGACAACGACUUUUCUCGUCGCGAAUUGCUUCGACCUGACAGAUUUGAUGGCACCGGCUGUCUCAAAACUUUCUUAAAAAAGUUUGAGAUAUGUGCCAGGUACAAUAAUUGGAAUCUCGUAGACAUGGAAGCGUAUUUGUCAUGUUCGUUAACAGGUGAAGCUGCACAGGUUCUCUGGGAUUUAACAGGUUUAGGUUACCAAGAGCUGGUAUCUAAGCUAGAAGAUCGUUUUGGAACAAGAGGUCAUGAAGAGUCAUACAGGUACGAAUUACAGAUUCUUCGUCGAAAACCUGGUGAGUCGUUACGAGAGUUGUCGAUGGUUACUAAAAGACUCAUGUCAUUAGCCUAUCCAGGAGAGCAGUCAAAAUUAGCUACACAUCUAGCUAGGGACUUUUUCUUGUCAGCCCUCGAUAAUGCUGAAUUAGAGUUUAAGGUUAGGGAAAAAGAACCAAAGAACAUUAAGAAAAGGUUAAAGAUUUUCAAGCAGGGGCAGAAAACAUGGAGUCAAUGGUACGACAGAUUGCGUUCCUUCAAAAGUCAUUCGAAGAACUCAGAAAUAAAAGAGUGCAGCCAACGGUAUCCCGAGUUGAGCGAGAGAAAAUUUGUUUUAAUUGUAAGAAGCCAGAUAGGUCAUUUUGUGAGGGAGUGCCCGCAGAAAGGAAUGACAAGCAGCACGGUAGAUUACGUGAACAAGUCAAUUGAAAGUAACGAUCGUGUCAUGUAUCUGCCAAGCACAAUUAAUGGCAAAAGAAGAUUAGGUUUACUUGAUAGUGGCAGUAGUGUAUCCAUUGUUCCAACGUCUAUGGUUGAUGUCACAAAGAUCAGACCGACGAAAAAGAGAUUGAAAGCUGUCAACAACACAAAAAUUCCAGUCAAAGGAGAAAUGAAGUUGCAAAUUAAAGUUGAUGAUUAUUCCAAAUCAGCGUUAGUGUUGGUGUCUGAUCAUGUUUCAGAAAUUGUUUUAGGUUUAGAUUGGCUCAGGAACAAUCAUAUCUCGUGGAAGAAGCUUUGUCGUAUUGAAGCUCACACAGAAGUGCGCAUCCCGGCGCAGACUGAAUUAGACGUGCCAGCAAAGAUGAUUGUUCGCCAGCCGUCCAAGUUGGAAUCGACCGGAUUUAUGUGUUCGGAAAACAGACAAAUAGAAUCGGGUGUAUAUGUAGCUAGAACGUUACUACUUAUAAAAUAUGAAGGACAGUGUGUUAGGAUCUUGAAUGUCAACGAUCAGCCGGGGGUGAUAAAGCGGAGAACGCGAUUGCCAGAUUUAUCAUCGGCUGUGGAAGCAAAGGAAUCAGUUGAUCGUCUAGCAUAUGAGAAUCUAACAGAAGUUACAGGUAUGGUUGAUGGAUUAGUAAAAGAUUUUUCUAAGAAAGCAAGAGAAGAGUUGAUUCAAAUACUUAAAAGUUUCUCAGACAGAUUUAGCUGUGCGAGUGGGGAAAUAGGUGCUGCAAAAGGAGUUUUUCAUAAGAUUGAUACUCAGGAUGCACGACCGGUAAAACAACAGCUGAGGCGACAUACUCCGGCGCAUCAGAAGGUGAUUGCGGAACAGACAUUUUUGGUUAAAACAAUGACUUUUAAUACAAAAACUGCUUACCUCCUUGCUGAAAUUGAAAUGAACUUUGAGUAUCUUGCGACAAAUCUAAGUUGCAGCAGCAGCGUUAAAAAUGAUUACGAAGGGAUAAUUUUUAUACAUAUAAGGCCUGCGAAAACCUUACGAAGCUCGGAUUUUUCUGCCCUUGAGUUGUCCUUUUUCUACUUUGAAGUGAACAAGAACAACAACAAUUUAAGAAUUGCUGAAGUGAUCUCCAUUGACCAAAGAAAACCGCAAAUCAACGAGCAGCAAAGAAUGGCAACAUCAUUAAAGACCAGAUUGACCAGAAGAAUAUUAUUGAAAGAUUUAACAAGCAAAGAGAAUGAACAAAACAAAGAUAUAAUAAACUGA